AUGGAGAACGCCAGAACACGCAGCGGCCCAGUGGCGACGGUCAUGCCAAAGCCCAUUCUCAAGCACCACCAGCAUCUGGACUUUGAACGGCCGUCGUCGUCGCCCCCAUCGACCCAUGCCGCAGAGCGCCACGCCCACUUUGGCGCGUCUGAGAUUACCCAGCGCUUUUCCUGCCUCUCUGGCGUCGAGUACGAUCGUACGCCCAUUGUCGUCUGUGCCAACGCUCUUGAUCUGUCCUCCUGUCGCCGGUCACCAGGACGGACGUUCGAUGAGAUUGAUGCGCACCACUACAAGCAUAAGAAGGUCGUGCGCUACACAGACGAGGACGAGCUCAUCGUCGGAGCUGCAGCAGCGCUCGAAAGGCUCAAUCGGCCCAUCUGUGCGCCACUUGGCGAGUCGGACGCGCUAAACCUUCCCGCCUUGGUUCAUACAGAUACAAGCGACUCUGAAGCCGAGGACGAGGUUCUGAGCUCAUCCGGCACAGACACUCGAGGUCGCUUAUGCAGGCUCCGACCGAGCUCCAGCCCACCCGGUAGUGGCAGGGACCCGAAGCGGCUAAAAAAGGCGCACAAUUCUGGUAAACUCUCUCGGACUAUUGCUCGUGAUCGCACAUCCCUCGAUGACUCUUCCUUUGCGUCAUGUCCUGGUGCUACUUCCUGCCUCGGCGGGUUCUAA